UGCCGGGUAACGGAGCCUCGAGAAGCCGUGAAAGUCGAAGUGCGGCGUGGUUCGUGGAGGUCGCCUGUGUCCUGCCGCGCACCUGUCUGCCUCUGCGCGCUCUCACCGUGGGCGUCUACCUGUCUCCCUCUCUGCGUGACGGAUCCGGUCGCCAUCUCUGCGUUUUCGGAGGACAUUCAUUCAGCGACAGAUCGACACCGGCCGGACCAUGCUGACGCUGCUGACCUCCAUGUAUCUGGUGGUGCGGGCGGUUUCCUCGCAGGCUGAACCAAUCCGUGUUGUGGUGACCGGCGCUGCUGGCCAGAUUGCCUACUCCCUGCUGUACAGCAUCGCUAAAGGAGAUGUGUUCGGGAAGGACCAGCCAAUCAUCUUGAUCCUCCUCGACAUCCCUCCCAUGCUGCCGGUGCUGGAUGGAGUCGUCAUGGAGCUGCAGGACUGCGCCCUCCCUCUGCUCAGGGAGGUCAUCCCCACAGACAAAGUGGAGGUGGGCUUCAAGGACAUCGAUGCCGCUAUCCUGGUGGGCUCCAUGCCCAGGAAGGAGGGGAUGGAGAGGAAGGACCUGCUGAAGGCCAACGUGGCCAUUUUCAAGACACAGGGGUCAGCGCUCGACAAGUAUGCCAAGAAGACGGUCAAGGUCCUGGUGGUUGGAAACCCUGCAAACACCAACUGUCUGAUCGCCUCCAAGUCUGCUCCAUCCAUCCCCAAAGAGAACUUCUCCUGCCUGACCCGACUGGACCAUAACAGAGCCUGCUCCCAGGUGGCAAUGCGUUGUGGCGUUUCCUCUGACAGCGUGAAGAACGUCAUCAUCUGGGGCAACCACUCCUCCACCCAGUACCCCGACGUCCACCACGCCAAGGUCAAUGUCCAUGGCAGUGAGAUGGCAGCCUACGAUGCCGUGAAGGACGACGCCUGGCUCAGAGGAAACUUCAUCUCAACUGUGCAGCAGCGCGGUGCUGCCGUCAUCAAGGCCAGGAAGUUGUCCAGCGCCAUGUCUGCUGCCAAGGCCAUCUGCGACCACAUGAGGGACAUCUGGUUCGGGACCAAAGAGGGCGAGUUCAUCUCUAUGGGUGUUUACGCUGGUGGAAACUCCUACGGUAUCCCUGAGGAUCUGAUCUACUCCUUCCCUGUCCAGAUUAAGAACAAGACCUGGAAAAUGGUCGACGGACUCGCCAUCAACGACUUCUCCCGGGCCAAGAUGGACGCCACAGCGGCCGAGCUGGUGGAGGAGAGAGACACUGCCCUGGACUUCCUGUCCCAGUGACUGUCGACCCCUGGUGGCCAACAGCAGCAGCCCGUAGACCCCCUGAAGAAGCCUCGCUGCUCGCGGCUAUGAGGACGAAACACUUUUCUGUUCUUAACCGUCCCAGCUGAUGUCUGUGUGGUAGUGGGAGUGUGUUUAUCUGUGUGUGAGUGAGAGUGUCAUCAGGCCACUUCCUCAGGUUUAUCCAAAACCUGUUUUAUGACCACACCCUGGCCUCCUCUGUCUGCAAGACACCAAGAAAAUGUCUGUUUGUAGAUGAGAACGCACACUAGCUGUCCAGAAACUGUAACGGAACAUGUUAUCACCAAUAAACAACGAAACUGACAGAC